AUGAUUGGCAUUGCCGACAUCCUCAACGGCCCAGAAGGCCCAGAGGUCCGUGACCGCAGAAACCGUACAAGUUCGUCCACAAGCUCCACCACGCCAACGUCCAGCACGAGCUCUGCCAGCCUCACUCCCACGACGGCCUCCACACCGUCCUCCCAUCUCCUUCAUGCUCCCGACCAUUUGCCGCCCAGGUCGCGCAUCAACUCCCGCUUGCUCGCACAAAGGAAGUUUGUCAAGCUCGCCAUCCGCAGAAAGUCGCACUCCAAGAAGCCGUUAGCUGAACUGCCGCACCCGCCCCGCGGCGCCAACUCGAAGCUCCACGUCAAGUCGUUGGAGGCAGGCCUCAAGGUCAAGUUGUCGCUUGCAACCAACCUCUUGAGCCUCUACCACUCGCUCAUCCCCUUCACCAACAAGAAGGAGAUCUUGUCGAUCUACCGCAAUACCCUGGCUGAGGCCUACGAAGGGUUGCGCGGAGGCCAUGCACACUCAGGUGCAAAAAAGGCCAUUGUGUCCAAGAGCGUCAAGCUCAUCGACAACAACCUCGUGGACCUCUCGGGGUUCUCCAACAAGAUCCUCCAGACGUUCAACCUCGUGAGUUCGGCAGCGCCUGCCCUGGAGACGCCAGGCGCACGCCCCGAGCCGUUCUUGACCACGUUCAACUCGUUGGAUACCGCCAUCCACACCCUCUUUGGCAUCCGGGACUACUCGAUCAUCCGGGUCACUCGCUCCACCACCGACGACGCCGACGGCCUGGUGGUGCUCAAGCUCGAAACCGCGCAUAGCGGUGACGUGCGGUUGAUCGACGACGCCAAUUUCAUGGACGAGAUGGUCUACCUGCUCGGCACGCGUGGAAGCGUUCCGCUGAACCUCUUCAUCAAGAAGAUUGUGGCCAGGCCGCGCUACAAGAGCGACAUGAAGAUCUACUUGAUCCCCCAGAAGGUCAACUGUGUGUUGUACACCGACGAGCGUAUGUUCGAGCGCGAUUUGCUCAACGGCAUUGUUGAGCUCAACGACGACGAAGAUGAGGCCUGCUUGACGGCGCCAGCCACUACAGGCAUGCCGCGCGACGUGUUUGUGACCUUCCCAUACGGCCACAUUGUGCGGGAGUACAAGAGCUUGCUUGCGCAGUCCCAGCAAUACGAACAGGAACAGGUGAAG